GGAAAAAUUAUCACAAUCAUGGGGAGACUGAUGGAAUUGAAUCAGUGUGUUUGGAUUGCAAAGAUGAAGAUACAACAUUAAAAGGUACAUGUAAAGGCUGAUUUAGAGGGUCAGUUUUUGCUUACGACUAGUUAUGCAUGACCAGCAUAUGUCAUGACGUCACGUCAGAUGGUGUCAUGUAAAUUAGACCCAUGACAUCGGUACAACACAUGUCGGUGUCGAAAGGGAAAAUUGUGCAUGUGUGGGUGGUCGAAAGUCAUGACGUAUGCUAGUCGUGCACGACAGUCGCAAUCAAAAAUCGUAUAUCGUUUUAUUUUUUUUACUCGUUUUAUUUUAAUUUUGCCUGGUAAGUAUUUUCUAGUAAAACAUACAUGUACCCCUCACUGGUUGGUUCUUGCAAGUGAAAUACGACACAAGUAUUUUGCUGAAUGCCAAAUGACUGAAGUUUAGUUAAUAUUAGGGUUAGGAGACCUGAGUGAAUCAAGUUCCAGUUUGGUUUGCUCUGUAUACCGGUAAUGACCCUAGCUGUAACUAAAUACACUCAGAUUCCUAACCUUCAUCACUAACCUUCAGAGUCAUUCAGCAGUGGCUCUACUGAGUGACAUAGGCAGUGUUCACACUUGUUGCCUGGGCGCAAUGCCCGAGUACAGUACUCACUGGGCGCUAAUGUGAACACACCCUUUUCUUCAGGUGCUCAUGCUAGAAUUUGGGCACAUUGCCUGUGCCUAAGUACAAGGUCAAGUCAUUUUCCUCGGGCACAAAAAUGGGCACCGGGUCCCUGUGUACACACCAUUUUUGUUGGUUCUGGGAAAGUCAACUGCUUUGUACUCACUGCUAAGCUCAUGUUUCAAAAUGGCAUCUGGCAGGGUGAAAUGAAGUAACUACUAUACAGUCACUAAUUGGGUUAACUCAAGGUGUGAACACAACCUCAUUGUAUACCGGUACCCAGGCACUGGUUCCUGGACACCAAGUGUGUACAGUCCCUGCGAUUUAUCAGUGUUCUCUCCAUACAUGUUCAUGAUGUCAUCAACUUUGAUUUUAAAAGAGGCAAUGCUGGCAUCUUAGGUUUAAAUGAUUUUUUUGCAAGAAAUUGUAGUACAUGCAGAUUGAGAUGUACAAGUCAUGUACUUGUACCUGUCAUAAGGCUUUAUAAGGAAUGAGGGCAAAAGAAUAAAUAUGCACAUAUGGGUCACAAUAAUAUCAUUAAACCGCAGAUUUACGUGUACUGAAUUUAAACAAAAGGCCAAGUUUUCUCAAUUGAAGGGGCUCGGUCACAGCUGUCUAGUUCAUUUUGUAAAUAAUAAACAUUUAUUGGAUGAGGUUUUCGUGAUAUCCGGAAUAAUCAAGGUCGAGGUAAGGGUUAUCAGUCGAGCCGAAGGCCGAGGCUGAUGAAACUUACCAAGACCUUGACUAUUCAGGAUAUCACAAAAUCCUUAUCUAAUAAUUGUUUUAUUAUACAUUGUUUUGAAGAAAAUAACGACAGACACACCGUCACAAGGAACCUGAAUUGAUACAAUAUUGUUAUUGGAAAUCAUGCAUUGCACGCACAACCUACAGAUUGGUCAGUUAUCUGUUAGCAGAUAAGUAACUAAACUGUAGGUUGCACUGAUUUCCAAAAUUAGCUGCAGGCCCUUUAAGCCAAUGAGAAGAAAGAUAAUGAGUGCAAUGUAUCAUAAUGCCAAUAACAGGCCCUUAUUCAGUGUGAAAAUGGAGAAAUUGCAUUGUACUUGUGAAUGACAAAAUAUCAGCUUCAUGUCACCAAGUUUCAAAUGUUGCUAACAAAAAAAAGGGAACUCUGAAUAACUGUUAGGCUAAAUUAUAAGUUUUCAAAAACCACAAUUACAAUCCAUUUCAAUCUUCUUCAAGUUUGUCCAUCUGUACCUCCUUUUGUGUUUGCCGUCUCAUUUAUACGUUAGCGCAGUUCCCACUGUCUGACUUUUACAGCGAAAUUCUGUGUGUGUUUUGCAAAUUUUAGGUUUUCUGUCCCAUCAAUCAUCUUAGCAGACCUCUUUGGAAACAUAUGUUUACUUGAACGAGUUCAAAAGGUCAUGGUUUGUGAUUCGUGAGUGGUGAAUUUCAAACCGUUUUGUUUGUUUCGCGUUUCAAGGUUCGUUGCUUUGUGAUUGUCCUAUUUCGGGCCCAAUAAUCGACUAGUUAAGUUUGCUCUGCAGAUUUUUUUUUAUCUUUUUAUCACUUUUUAAGUGAUGUUCCAUUAUUUGUUCCUGGAAAAAUGUUCAAAUAGUCUUUGUAUCUUUUAGCUCUGUUGAAGGGACUCCUCUAUUCAGGGGAAAAGAAACCUCCAUACAAUGCUUGCCUCCUUCUUUUGACAAAAAAUCCACUCACCAUCGCAAUUUCCUGUUCUCAGCUGAGCUGGGCGAGCACAUUACAUUGUGAUUUGCAUUAACCCCACCUUCACAAAAACGGUUGACAGAACAGAUAAACCCAAAAUCCCUUCGAAGUUUGCAAUACGCACAGCGCAAUACAAAGAAUUUCGCUGUAAUCAAUUUUGUGACACAGCCCCUUUAAAUGCUGGGGGCAUUUGAUUGAGGAAAUAAGGUAUUUUUAUUGUAUGUAUAGUGGAUUAGAUUAUUUAUGCUGAAACACUAUUCCCUUUUUGAAACAUCACAGUUUAGAUCCUGAUUUUCAAUGGUGCAGUAAAUAUCUUCAGUAACCACAGUAAUGCAAUGUGUUUAACUAUAUAUCUAAUUCUCUCCUAGAGUGGUCCAAGGGACAAAUUUGUCUCGCUCCUUAUAGCGGUGAUAAUGAAUACUAUGAAGCAGUAAUCAAUUCUUUACACAAAGCUUCCAGUGGGCUGAGAAUGGCUGUUGUAACUUUUAUUGGGCAAGUUUAACAUUAUUUUUUAUUCAUUCAUCAACUACUAGUUAACCUAAAGGGUAUGUUAUGAGGUGAUUCGCAGACGACAGACACAGAGGUAAAAAAAUCACUGGGUGGCAUAAAAAAUGUUUGCAGUUUUCUUAGGCUAAUCAACUACAAGUUUGUGCUUAAAUUAAUAAGAUUUUAAAAAGCAAUAUUUUUCUUGGUAUUUUUGAUAGGUGACCACCUAUUUGAAGUGAUCCCUUAUCACAUCAGGGGCGGAUCUACGGGGAGGGUGCAGGGGGUGCGCCCCCCCCUCCCUGAGAUGACUUGCGGUUUUCUAAUACAACUGGUAUUCUGCGAAAAAAAAAACUAUGUGGUUUAUUGGUGUUGAAGUAGAGCAAGAGACGAGUGCACCCCCUCCUAAAAAAAAUCCUGGAUCCGCCCCUGCACAUUGAAUUGGAGAUUUAGUAAUUAUUUUACUCUCCAUGGCACUAUCACCAUGACAUUCAAACUUGGCUGCUCAGAUAAUGAUUUUAGCAAUGUGCAGAUAAAAAGAAAAAAGACACCGGUGGCAAAUUUAAUCGGACCCUUAUUUCUGUUGCAGCUAUGAAUCUGAGGGGAGUGAGACAGUUUCUGAGACAGAUCUUAAAACAAUCAAAGAACGGCCAGGUAUUUGAACAAUUUUCUUCCUCAAUAUGGAAAAGUUGUUAUAGUUAAAAUAACUAUACAUUUUUUAGACUUCUAACACAUUAUUUUUUCUUAUUCAGGUCUCAAAACAAGCAAGGGGGACACAUCAUCCAAAAAGAAAAAGAAAGGUGAAUUCUCCAUUGUGUGCUGAAAGUACUAGUCUUUUUAAAUACAUGUACUAUUGUGACAGCACUUUAUUUUUAGUUAUUUUGUGAUUAAUAAGCCCACUUAUUACUAAAAGCAAUCUCAUUGUCACCCUCACCUCAGUAUUUCAAAGUUAAAGUUAAAGAGUUACAACUUUUGAAGUUUAUCAAGAAACGGUCCAAAUCUGCCUCACCACCUCCGUCUGCUACGUAAAGCAAGUAUGACCCCACAUCCUUGUUUCGACUUUUUUUUCUUUCUUGUGUGGCUUUACGUAGCAGAGGGAGGUGGUGAUGCAGAUUUGGUCCGUUUCUUCAUUUGAUAAACUUGAAAAAGUUGUACUCUUUAACUUUAACUUUGAAAUACUACAUGGGAAUUGACCUUGGGACCUCUUGGACAGAUCACUGGCUGUGAACCAAUCAACUGUACCAGUCCUUUGUAAUAAAUCCAAUAAAUCACAAACUCAGGAGAAACAUUGUUGCAUAACAAAAUGUUAUAACGGAUUGUUUUGGGGAUUUAUACAUUAUACAUUGCAUUACAUUAUAAUAAGAUAAAAACAUCUUUCCCUCCCUCCUUGUCAUACAUAAAUUAUAUUCCUGGAGAACAAGAGGUAAACUGAGAUAUUCUGAUGCAUUUUUCUUGUUAUUUUUGACCCCUAAAUAACAAUUUCUAAAAUCCCCAUACUAAUAUUUCUGUUAUGCAAAAACGAUUCUCCCUUGAGAACUAGAGGUAACUGUGGCGAGUAGGUUUGUAGCCCUUGGGAGUAACAGUUUUCUUUGCACAAAAAGUACAGAAUACUUCUCAAUAAUUGAUUUAAUUAUUGUAAAAAAAACUGCAUUUUGCUGGAAAAUAACACUGAUCGGUGCCUGUGAUCCUGUAACGGCAAAACAGAAGCUAAGUGGUGAUUAGAGCUUACAGCGUAAACCAAAAUAUCCUACCAUCAUGGCUGAUAGUUAUUAAUAAGUAUUUUUCAGAAAAUUCUGCAAAGGUGUUAAAUCACUCACCCCAGCUAUCAUAAGAUUGAACAUAUAUUCUUUUUAUAUUUGUGUCAGGAAAACUAGACAUCUCUGUUCAAUGCAACAAAAAGCUUCCCAGUGGCAGAAGGUCCAUAAACAAACAGAGUAGAUCAGUACUUCUCCAGGAUUUUGAUGCCAUUCAUUCUGAGAAGAUUAACACUCUGGUAAAUCCAGUAAAAACGGAUUUUGAUGAUGACAGUAAAAAGCAGUCUGACAAACGUGAUUGUGAUGAUGAAAUGCUAGCAGAUGGUAAGUUUCCUGAGAAACAGGAAGGCGAGCGCACACUAGCGCAGUCCGCUACAGUUUUAAUAGUUUAAGGUUAUUAAUUUCACCAGUUCAGUAACUUUUACUUUGGAGGCUUAUAGGUGCUUAUCUGAAUAUCUCCAACAGACCUUGCAUCUAGAGGUUCAGAUUCAACCCUCUGCUAUGAUUCUAAAGCACCAAAUAAUCACUGUCUUUGCUUGAGGUGAACCAAAAAAGGUUUAUCAACUUUAUAACUCUUUGUGAACAGUACAUGUAUACAAAAAAAUAUAUAUAUUAUUGGGGUAAUGAAAAUCGUGCAUCAUACCGGGGACUUCGUUACUUAGAGGUUCGUUAUAUCGAGGUUCCACAGUAUUAGUCAGGUCUCUUAUUGCAAAAUAUAGGCCGGAUCGUUACAGACCUGACAAAAGUGUCAAAUUUGGCACAGAGCUUCCUUAGCACCUGCCGAUUAAUACUGGAGGGGGUGCCCAUUACAAAUGGUCCUAAUUACAGAUUAAAGGGGGGGUUAACUUUCACCUGUAAUAGCAGAUUGGGUUCCCUGUGGCGGUACUCUUCUUGUUUGAUUCGGCUAAAAAACAUUAGUUUGAAAUUUUUAAGUUUUCAAGUUGGUAAUGUUUAGUUGUUGUUACACUAUUCAAAAUAGUUUUACAUGUACAUAAUACUGACUAGUGCCCAGUCUCCACACGGUAAGUGUCGCCAUAUUCACUGUGCGGCUAUCGGUGUCACUGCCAAGACUUGCCAGUGAUAAUAUCAUUACAUAUCAAUUUAAACAGAUCACAAAGCCAGCCUUCAAAGAUGUCAUACAAUAACAUAAAACCCAAAUGUACCACAUCCUAAACAACAGAAUCGUUUAAUUUUGACAUGCCACAUGAACGACCUCAUGAACCGUAACUGACAACGCGCCCACUUUGUAAUUUUGCAGCUAAGAUUAGAUUAUAAUUUGCUUCGUUGGUAACCCUGUCCUUGAGAUAAUGAUUAAAACAUGUCAACCUCGUCCUCAGGGGGAAAAGGAGGAGCAAGGAUGGCACAGUUAGUGCCGAACUCGAUCCCCGGUGUCAACACAUCCUUAUUUCAACUUCUCUCUUUUCUGUAUAGCUUUUGACUAGCUUUAAAUACCCUUAAAACGGAGCAUUAAUGGAGAGAGGGGGGUAAAAGGAGCGCACCGUCGACCUCAAGUUUAUCAGUUGUUAUUACUGUCAGGAAUUAUUGCCGUAAAAUAUGGUCGCUUUACCUUUUUCUACCUUUUUAUUAAGCCCUGGGGACGAGGCUGUAAAACAUGCCUCUCCAGGCAUUUUUAACACUCUUUAUUUUUCAGACAUUUGCAUGUAAAAAGAAGUGUAUGAGGUCCCUGCAUGCCUAGACACUGUAAGGAGCUCAUUCACUUCAGAGCUGUCGCACCAGAGUGUUAAUGGUAGGUCUAUACCAUCUUUCAAAAAAAAAGGAAGGUCGUCGCCUGCGUUACAAUUUACAAACAAACUAACUUCAGAAGAGCUGAAAGUUACAGGAACAAGGCCUCUUUUAGCCAACCAAUGAUGCAUCAUUUAUGAAAAUGAGUGUAAUUUGUUUAUGCAAUUAGGCGAAUACCCCGUGGUUACGAAAUCUUACGAUCAUGAAUUCCUCAAGAGCAAUUCAGUUACCAACUUUUCACAAAAUAAUUCUGUGGAAAAUCAGAGGCACCCAACAAGAACAUAGUUCAAAAGCACUUAAGCAUAGCAUUGUUAAACUUGUUUUAGUAUUUAAACUGUAGAUAUAGGCAUAAUUUUCAUCUGUUCGGAUUUCCUAGCUGAAAGUCUAGUGAUCCGAAAAUUAUAGGGAUCAAAACUUACCUUUUCGAAAAUUUCAGCCAGAGAGAAGGCUCCCGAAAAUUCUAGGUGACCUCUUUAGGGCAAAAAUCCGUUAAAAAUGGGCAAUUAUACCAUUUUUUGGAUGCUCGAAAAUCCUAGGAGACGCAGGCAAGCAAGAAAUUUUACAACAAAUUUUCCGAAAACUCUAGAUCUCAAAUCGUCUUCCGAACAGAUAUUUUCCGAAAAUUGACAUUGGGUGCCCCUGGAAAAUUACAGAAAAUACCAAAAAAAGCAAGGGUCAACAAUAAUUAUGGCCUGGUCCCUUAUGAUAAUAGAGUGGUCAUGAUAAAGAAGCCCAUCAGCCCCAACUUUGACCGAACAAACAGAUUUCUGACAGAUUACAUACCGCAAAACUUUGCAUUCACUUAUGCCUAUGUUUCCACACCAGGAGCCUAGAAAUCGGCUUUUAUUGCUGAAUAUCACUCUAAAGAGCUUUACGAAAUAUUUUGUUAGUAGGGGCGUUUUAAACAUGAUUGAAAUUUAGAGAUGGUGACAAAACCAAACACAAAAAAAAAGUCACAAAACGAGACGCAUGAAACAACCGCAAUCUAGUAUUCGUGUUACACCGAUAUAAUGGCUCCUUUGGCUGCUGUGCUGACGUUUUUGAAAAUGAAAGUAGUAUCACAGCUAGACCGUUUAUUCCAGGUUUCACGGUUCCUGAGACUUAGCGCCUGUUAACGUAAAGGUGGGGGACCCCAGGUAGGUGAGGUAACCUACUUAGGUGGGGUAAAAAAAUAACCCUCCUUUACAUGCAAUCUUACAACCUCGCCAUCCUGGGGUGCACUUUCUCAAGACUAUUGAAUGGUCGCUAAGCACGUAAACAAGAAAAAUGCUGGCAAACCACAUCUACGCUCACUUGCUGCUCUUGCUGCAACCUUCAGCGUUAUGGCUUUCUAUUGUUACCUUUAAUAAUUAUGUGAAGCCACCCGGCGCCAAAGUGAAUUUUGUGCGAAUUUGAUGUAUCACGAAUCUGACCCCGACUAGCCAGGGUUACCUCACCUUGAAACGUUGACAUGGCAAAAUUUGACUUCAGCUGAGAGGGUUACCCGAUGUGGCAGACCGGGCUACCCACCUUGAGGGGUCACCUCACCUAUCAUCUAAACGUGAUCAAACUAAAAUGAGAGAAUAUAUGGACAGGCGGGUUACCCCACCUAAGUGGGUUACCAUGCCUACCUGGGGUCCACCUCCUCCAUGUAAACAGGCCCUAAAAGUUAGCCUGUCCCCCUUUCUACAGUUUCAGCAGUUAAACCAUUCACCAUUUAUCAUUUGAGUCAAUCUUGUACCACUCGAGUCUCACUUUUACGACUUGAUAAGCUGUUAUUAUUUUUGGACAUGAGUGCUUCAGUACCAAAUGUAGAGGCUUCAUGAUAAACUGUGCUGUUUUUUGAAGCUUGGGCUAACUUGUUUAUUUUUUCAUUUAUGAGACCAGAUUCUUUUUUGUUUGUUUUUGCUUUGUAACUGCGGGAAUUGUAAAUGAUAUAACUUGUACCACGAUGCUUGCUUCUGUGUCAAAACAUGCACGUGCUUCCAGCAGAUAAAGAGAGACUGAAAGGCAUCCAGGCCUAUGUUGAGCUGAAAGAUUAAUUACCUCCCUAGGAAAGAACUAUUUUGGGUUCUGUUAUUCCGUUAUUUGGUCUUCAUGAACAGGUGUCAUAAAUCCUUGAUAAUAUGUGAUACAACAGACUCUUUGACAAUUUCUUUUUUCUGAAAUUUUGUGUGUGAAUUGCUAUACCAUAUCCUUUCUUUGGCUUAAGGUGACAUGUAACGACAAGUAAUACUUGAUAAAUAAGGCUUAAGCCACACAAUAAGGCCUCCUCUAAUUGAAAUACAUUAGAAUAGGAGAAGAGAACCCCAGAAGCUUAGUACUUGCAAGUUAUGAAGCAAAGACGAGGCCAUCUUAGAAAUGACUCAUGAAAAUGUGGGCGGACUGUGGACUUGCUUUAAGGGCACAGUAAUAAUCAACUUAAUUAUACAAUCAAUAAGCUAAUAAUGGAUGGGAAUGCCAGAUGUUCGAGUGAAAUUGUUGUUUUCAACAUGAGAAGAGCAUUCUCAGUGAUUUAAGGUAUUAAAUAACAAUUUUCAAUCAAAACACCACAGGGACCCCAGCAGGUGAAGUUUACAAUAAUUAAAUCAUGUUUUGCACGCUUCAGUGGCAUAUUUGCAUUGGGCACCCCCUCCAAUAUUCAUGGUACUGCAAUAAGCUAUCGCUGUGCAAAGUUUGGUGCUUUUGUCAGCUCUGUAACGAUCCUGACCUUAAGAGACCUGACUAUAUGUAACAGUAACGCAAUAUUUUCUAAUCCUCCGUCAAGAAGAGAAAGGUCAUCUGUUAUUUAAAAUUUUUGUUGUGUCUGUCAUUUUCAAUUUUCUCAUGUCUUAGUAAUUAAUUUUUCGGGCAACAAGAGGAGCCCGCAAUCUUUAUCUCCAGGUUCCUAUUACGCAUGCGUUGCAUGUACAACUUCAACUGCCCUUCCAUUAGGAACGAAAGGACUAUCCACUGUACGCAAUCUGAUAACGUGCGUGUAAAAGUUUGGAGCUUCUGAUCACGCUUGUUUUGACCAUCUAUCUCGUAAAGUCCGUAAGACUUACGCAAAGCACAGCGUUGGAGGAAGAACGUUUCAAUCUUCGAUCGUUGUCUUCCGCACUCCGUAACCUUCGAUUAUUACUUGUUUAUUUAUAUAUUUCUUUGUUUUCUCACUCAGUAAAGCACCGAUCUUGUAGCCUGCGAAAACAGCCGUUUCUCCGCGCGAAACGUCCCCAGCGGCGUAGAGCGAGGAGAAACGGCUGUUUCCGAAGGCAACCGACCUUCAGAAUUGAAGGUCGCUGGCUCAAUCCUAUGCGCGAACCAACACUCGGGGUCUUGAAAUUACCAACUGAUGAAGAAGUACUGCUUGUACCUUGAAAACGGGUCACAUCCAUGGUUCGGAUAAUUAUGGAACAAAGGUGGUCUCAUCUCCUGCAACGGACAUUUAAUGCUAAUUACAUUCAUUUGACACUUAAACAGGCACUUAAAUAGACCUUUUUAUUUUUUUUAACUCAGGUUUUGAUGAUCAAGACAUGGAGAGACCCUUUUUCACAGUGCCAGCGCCUCAUCCUACAGUUCCUUUACUUCUAUCAGAACCUGGAAUUGAAUCAGUAACACAGGUUAGAAAUAACUGCGUGUUAUUUGUUUGCUUUGUAUGCUCUCCGUUUUCCAAUGAAAAGAAAAUGCGAGCCAGAAACAUGGCAUAAAUAUACAAUGGGAGAGUUUUAGAGCAGGCAAAGUGUACCAAUAUACAUUACAAUGCAAACGUCAAAGGGUUAAGGCGCGGAGGGGGGGAAUCCCUUAUUGGCCUAAACGGGUAUAUGCCGCUUAACAGGGUCUGGUUGAGAGAAGAGAAGAGAGUAUGUUGGUUUGAAAAAUUACGCCCUCCCCCUGCCCGCCCUUGGGUUGGGGGGCUGUCGUGGGUUUGUAACAAAUUCCUUAAUUUAAUGAAAGAUAUUAAUCAUCGUGGAUGAUGUGUAUAAAGGGUUUAGUUUAUCGUUUGUCUCACGAUUGUCACUUUGAUAUUAAUUGCCACGUUUCAACAGCACAGUACAGGUCUUCAUUGGGCGGUAGUGUCGAUUUACUGAGUCUGACUAUUUGUACCACCGUGGUUGUCAGUGAUUGGUGUAUCACGACCCUCGCUCAUGGUUGGUUGGGUUUCGAUCCAAAGCAUUGUUGGUAUUAUCAGAGGAGGAAACUAAUCCCUCAGCGGUCCGUUGUGGUAGCGUUCGGCUGUCAUGUUGUCUGAUUGUAGGCAUCCUUGCUUCAGGAAUCUCAAUUCCACUGUCCCUGUUGAUGUUGUUAGGUUGACGUCUUAUGUGAAUAGCCCCAUUAACUCUACGAGAGUAUUAGUGAGGGUCUCGGUCAAUGAACCUAACUUCGUCCCAGAGGGGAUAAUGCCCGGUCUUAAUGGCGUGUUCAGAAACGGCCGAAGUUUCCAUUAAUGACCGUUUACCUAGGAACUAGUCAUCAAGUAUUUGGUAAUCAGCAACGAAGUUGCCCUUUGCGUGAUUGUUUAAAACUCUUUUUUCUGUAGAUUCCAGCCACCAUUAACCGUUAUUUGAGGGAUUAUCAACGUCAAGGAGUGCAGUUUUUGUUCCGUCACUUUUCAGAAAAUACUGGAGCAAUUCUUGGUGAUGACAUGGGCUUAGGAAAGACUGUUCAGGUUUGGAAAUGAAAUGUUACGUUUUUUCUCGUUCUACAAAGUCUUGCUUGAUUUUGGUUUCCAACAUGCGGUUACAAACAAAAUUAGAGAUAAUUGAAAGAAAACGUCACAAGUACCUGUAACAUUUUUGUACGAUUUGAGGCAUAAUCUUCAGAUCUUUCUUUUUUAUCGGACUUCAUAGAAUAGGGUGUAAACUUGGUAAUUUAACAUACAGACUGUACAUGUAGGUAUCAAUAUUCCUAGUUACGGCUUUUAAGUUGUUUGGCCGCUUUGCUUGGUUCAAACGUCGAACUUUUCACGUACCGAACUUAAUACCUUUUCGGUUCGACCCAAAUGAUAUAAGUUGGACGGUUAAUUCAGACUUCAAACUUAAUUAGUAGGUCUCAAUUCAUUUUCACGAUGUGCCAUGGUCUACAAUGCAUGUUUACCAGUGAAAAUGAAUUGUAGUAAUUUAUGCAUUAGGUUUGAAACGAGGUUGCUCCACAGUCGAAAUUCUCAUUUAAGCAACUCGAACAUACUUCGUGGGUCGACCCAAAUUGAUUCAACGUCGUUCUUUUUAUGUACUUGUUUUUUAUCGAAGGGAUUAGGUUCGGUGCAUGAAAAGUUCGAACUUUGAACUGAGCCUUAGUUGUAAUUCCAUAACAACAGGGCGUAGGCUUUCAAUGUAAGUUCAAAAGAAUCUCUGUACAAACGAUCUGUAAACCUGAUAAUUCCCUUCAGAAGAUAUCCCGGGGAAUCCCGGAGCGUUAUUAGUCUGCAAAACAGUCGGGUUUUUUUUCUUAAAAUCAGUUUAGAGUAGUUUUCAGCUUUUGUUUGACUGUUCGUGCCUACUUGAAUACGCAAAAAUACGGACUGUUUUGCAGUCUACAGCGUUAUACGUUUCUGGGAAACUGUCCCCCUACCCCUUCCCGAAGCCAACGUUAACACUUACUUAGGGAAAAAUGUUGGCUUAAGGGAGGGGUAGGUGGGCAGUUUCCCAGACACUUAUAGGGAUCCGUCAUCCCUAUGAAGCCCAGCAACACAGCACAUUGAGCAGAGGCCCAAGGUCCGAGCCCCAUAAGGGAUAUUGCUUUGCUUGAUUCUUUAUCUUAGCUAUUUGAGAGAAGAAUACAGGAAUAGGUUCCUGUUCUAGUCACAUGGACUCGCUCGAAUACCCAUUAAAAGCACGAUAGAGUACAGCCAUAUGUCUAUGCGCAUUUGUUUCAGGUCAUUGCAUUUGUUGCUGCUAUUCUGAGGAAAACAGGGACAAAGGCUGAUGUAUUCUCCAAAUUUGUGAAUGGCAGAACGAAAGGAAAACAGGUUGUUGAAUUAACCGUGUUUUUUUCCGGGCACUUACAAGGAACUUUUGAUUCGACUGGGAGGGCAGGAGUACGGGAUUUCAAACCAAAUUCGUGCACCCCAUAUAAUUACUUGUCCACCCAAUCUUAUCCCUAGGGAAUAUUUAUGUGCUUGUUACCAACAGGGAAGAGUUAUAGUUCAGGGCCGAGUUGUUCAAAGCUGGGUUAAGAUAACCCAGGGUUAGUGCGAGAUUUGAAUUCAGAUUUGAAAGCUUAAAAGGCAUUUCAGUUUUAAUUCUUUUUGUCUACAAGGAAUUGAGGCUUAAAAAUAACAGUUAUCCGAGGUGUUUUCAACACAAGAAAAAGAAACCUAAUAAUCGGCCUUCAAACUGCUCGUAGUCGAUUUCGUAGUCGAUUUCGUAAGCCUAGUCAGAUCUUAAGUUCCGUUUUUUUCCGUUUCCGUUUACACUGCCAUAUACAUUUAAGUCAAGUAAAGCUCGUAGUUACAAAUAAUAGUCUGUUUAGGGAGUUGGAAGGUGAAGGUCCGUAGAGUAAACAGGACUUUCGAGAAAUGGUCCCAGGACUGAAGGUCUUAACGUUCCAUAAUAUUUUUCCUCAGAAAAGACAACUAAAAUUAAAUUUUAAUUCGAGUUUCUCUUACUUUUGUUCAAAAGUAUUUUCUCGGAUAAUUUUCUUCAGAGCAUCCUAUCAUCAAUUUCUAGAUGAAAAGAAUUAGACUACAAUUACUCCUAUAACUUUCAUUUCUAAGUUUUAAUUUCCCACCAACCGUGGGUUAUCUAAACCCUGCUUUGAUCAACUCCCGCCUGAUUUGUAAAUGACGAUGGCAAUACUCUGCCCGGGGUUAAUUCUGUAGUUGACUGGCAUCCCAUCUAGUGGAGUAGGGGUGCAUAAUAGAGAGCUUUAGAUUCUAAGACGAGGUCGACUACGAGUGCGAGAUCGUUUCUCAAUAUUAAAUAGUGCGUACACCGUGAACCAGCGUCAUUUUGGCGGGAAAACGUGAUAGCCGUCCUCAUUCUACUACGCCUGUUUUAUCCAAAACGUUGUACUGAUGGAAACAAGUUAUCGAAUGUUAGAAGUGUUUUCAUUUCACGAUCGCCAGAAUGAGGGCUUAACCUCCUUCCAUAAAAAUAACCGUGUCAACUUUUCUGGUUAAAAAAAGGUGAAUUGAAACUUUCCAGGGUGUCUAUUUUUCAGGAAAAAAUUUAAGUCAAAAUCUCAUUCUCGUAGUCGUACUCUUCCUCGAAUUUAAAGGUCUUUUAUAAUACUACAGAAAAAAUUCACCGGCCAUGAGGAGGACGUUGCCCAAAGUGCGCCUUUUUGAGGAAUCGAUAUAUAUAUACAGCUAUUUCGAGAAAGGUUGUCGGAAAAAUUGUGCACGCGACAAUCUCGAAAGGUAAUAUGGGUAUGAUAAAUACACUGUUCCUGACACUGUAGCUGCUGUUGCUGCUUUCCUUUAGCACUCGGAACAUAUGUCCAUGGCUUCUCGUGCCAUUCUUUCUUUGAAGAACAGUGACUCAAAACCAUCCACAAUAUUUUCCGGAUUGUCGCGUGCACUUUUUCUGACAACCUUUCUCGAAACAGACAGCUGUAUUUCUGCGACUACAGUUUAUAAACUUCAAGAUUAUAAACUGUUUUUUUUUUUCUCUCGUUUGUUUUAGAAACAUGUUAGCGGAUUUGAGAGAGGGACUUUCCUAAUUGUUAGCCCAGGUUCUGUGAUGUACAACUGGAAAGAAGAACUGGAGACUUGGGGACAUUUCAACACGGGGCUCUUUCAUGGUAAUACCAAAGAGGACACUCUUCAGAGGGCCCAGAGAGGGCGACUAGAUGUGGUGCUAACUACCUAUGAAACCAUGAGAAAUCACUUGGUGAGUAUUGCAAUGCCACAAACGCUGAAGUUGUGACUCCAGAGGCAUGGUUUCUCAGGAGGGGGUGGGGAUAGUUUUGGAGGCAGUAACAGUUUAAAAGCCUACUUCGGUGAAGGAGGACCUUUGUGCCCUCUCGUCGGCACGAUCUGGCCUUAUUGUAUUCUUGUAGUUUUGAAGAAACUUUUCAAACGGGAGCACGAAAAUUAUUUUUCUCUGACACAUUACUUAGUACGUAGGCAAAAGUUUAAGCGGAUAUCUUUAUCCAAGAGAGAUUUCUGACAUAUGUGGCUAUAUUUUUGCUUUUUUAGGAUGAUUUGAACAAGAUUAAAUGGCUAGCGGUAAUAUUAGAUGAAGUUCAUCGCUUGAAAGAUCCCAAAGCUCAAAUAACUAAGGCUGCUAAAGCUCUUAAAGCUAAGAGAAGGUAAAAUGUCCCAAGCUAGUAGGUCUAUUCGAGGCAAACCUCUUUUAAACGGCCAGUUACCAGACUUCCAGCGGCGCAGAAAGUUCCAUAGACUAACGAAUCUCACAUAAAACACCCUGUUUGCCUUCCAAAUUUUGUAUAAGUUAUUAGCUGUGGUCACACUACAGACUUUUACCUAGGUAAAAGCAAUUUACCUAGGGUAAAUUCAUCAAAAAUCUCCCGAGGUCACACUACUGAUAUCGGCUCCCAAGGUUUUCACGCCAGUUGAAAUUCUUGGAGCGUAAAUUUAAGAAGGCAAGAUCCGCAGGGAUCUAGUUAAUCAAAGAGACGUUUUUUUUCUUUUAUCUCGCUGUUAUUUCUUACGCUAAUUCAACGUUCAAGGUGAAGAAAGCCGAAGACGUAGACGACUAGUGCCCCCAAAAUUUCUUUCACAGCGUGAGCUAUGUCCGGUUCUGUCAUCAAGACCUUCGCCGAUGAGCGUCGAUUGGCUAGCAACCUCGGUAUUUCAUUUUUCCUUAGCUAUCGCUUUGGGGUAGCUGUCAAGGGAAACUCUUUUGUUAUCGAGACAUAUUCAAGACCCAGACGAUAAAAUUUCCCCAAGGUAAGUUACCUAGGGAAAAAUCGGUCACACUUUAAAAAUCACGUUUCCCUAGGUAAACUGUCAACAAGUCGAAUUUACCUAGGUAAAAAGUCUGUAGUGUGACCACAGCUAUUGUUUUCAAAUGCGGAUUUUGCUCGCUUAAAAUGUCAGCUUACGCGAACGAAAAUGGACACACAGCGUGUUUGUAAAGACUUUCCAAGUUUCAGCCGACGAGGAAAUGGAUAAAUAAAGUAAACUUGUCGAGUUCUAGACUCAAAAUCUUUUUCAAAUUCGUGCUUGUGUGAUCAGCGCGCGAAAACCAAAACAUAUUGACGUCACAGCCAUGUGUACAUACUCUCUAACACGCCUCUUAGCCAAUCGAAGCGCGCAUACUACCUUAGUUAUUUUAUAAGAGAGGUUAGCAGACACUUCCCUGGCUUGUAUCGGUAUAUUGUUACCAGUAUUAGCCUGAGAAAACAGCCGCCAUUUCGCGACGCCACCACUGGUUUCCCCGCGAAAUAACGUCUGAGAAACGAGGGCAGAAAUUCCAUACUGAUGACGUGUCACUAACCAGAUCUGAUUGGCUUCUGAUUGGUCGUGUAUCAUGGGAAUCUGCUUUAACCAAUCAGUAACACUACCCAGAUCUGGUUAGUGACGCGUCAUCAGUAUAGAAUUUCUGCGCUCAUUUCUCAGACGUUAUUUCGAAAGGAAAGGCCGGUGGCGUCGUGAAAUGUCGUUUGUUUUCUCUAGCUAUACAAGUAUCAACCUAAUUUGGCCUAUCUUCAUGCAGGUAUGGCCUCACAGGAACUCCACUCCAGAAUAGGAUGAGAGAAUUCUGGUGCGUGUUAGACUGGGCUAAUCCAGGCAGUCUCGGAAAAGCUAAACAGUUUGAAUUGGAAUAUGAUGUACCAAUCAGAAAGGGGCAAACGUAUAAUGCCACCAAGAGAGAAUUGGCCCUGGGAAGAAAAAGUGAGUAAAAACACUUAAAAUAAAGCUCUUUUCGGUGAAAUAUCACGGUGUUAACUGUUCCUUGCCUAGUCCUUAGACCUUAUUAUUCCGCGCCGACCACGCGGCCAGAGCGUCUCGGGUCACGUGGUCCAAGCGUCUGGGAUAGGUCACCGUGGUGAAUUGACCGAGAAGGCCUGAGAAAACGCCGUCAAAAGCUGUUCCUAGGUGCUCUGCUCGAAGCAUGCAGAUGCCCAGACUGCUCCAUUCAAAUGUCACGGUUAUGUUUUCCAAAAUGUCAAAUGUACUGUUUGUAUGUCUGUUGGGAGGGGGGGGGAAGGGGACGGGGACCCGUUUUUGUUUGUUUGUUUGUUUCUUUUUUGGAUUCCACGAAGAGCAACCGACUGUUUGUAAACGGUUUCCGUUAUUUUUGUUUCAUCCAUUUCAUUCAUUUAUUUUGCCAUUACCACGUAAAACACACUUACAUUUCACGAUGAAUUUAAAAAAAAUCUUAACGAUUUUAGACUCUAAGUAAUUUAUGUGACAAAUGUUCAAGAUGGCAAUUGCAAGGAAGCUUAUAUAAAACCCGUGGGCUUAUGAACUAGCAAGCUAACAAUAAAUGACUGAAAAGGCCCAAAGUAACCUUUCUUAUUUUUACAUAGCGGAGUCCUAAUGUUUUACGUGGUAAAAACUUUAUGUUCGCAGAAUCGAAGAAGCUCCAAGACAAAAUUGGAAAAGUCUUCCUCAGAAGGACGAAAGACUUGAUAGCAGAUCAACUACCGAGGAAAGGUAACGCUGUUAAUGUAAACUGAGGUUCAAUUCAAAUGAAACUGCGUAUUCUAACGAAGAGCUAGAGCCGGAAAGUUUAAAUUUUUUGCGGUUUACCAAUUUGAUUAAUCAGCUCAGUCACAACCUUAACAAAACAACGGACUUGUAAUGUUUAAACCGGCUUUUCUCGUUUUUGUAUUAAACCUGUUUACACCUUGCUUUUUCAGAUGAACUGGUAGUGUUCUGUCCCUUAACCCCAUUCCAAGAAGAUGUCUAUCAGACUCUCCUUCAAAACCCCGACGUUGAACUGAUCCGAAAAAAGAACUUUCCCUGUGACUGUGGCAGCGGGAUGGACAGGGGCAAGUGUUGUUACAUAGUAAGUAACACAUGGGUGAACAGGAAACGUAAUAUUAUUGAAUAAUAAGUCAUGCAGUGGGGUGAUCAGAAGCAGACGUUGUUACGUGGUAAUUGGGGUAGAGAGUAGGCUUGAAAGUAUACUGCGACACGAGGGAGCUUAAGCAACAACGACGGCGACGGCUACGAAAACAUCACAAGUGAAUUCGCGCAAGUAAUUCAGAUGGGGGGCGUCUAUUAGACAGGGGGCGUUUAUUAGAAAAUGGCGUCUAAUACAAUUUUAGCCGCGCAAAGGGGUCGUUUAUAAGGUCAUUUACGGUUAUGGGGAUGAUAAACCCUAGCUUGGUUCCACAUAGCAUAUUCGAAUUUAGACGCUUCGGGGUUAUAUGAUUCUUAUUCAAGGCCUAGUCAUGGCCUAGCGAUUACACCGUAAGGUUUAGAAGAUGGUGAAUUAACCAAUAAACUCGCUGUUUCAAUAGAGAAUAUUUAGCGGGCGGAAAGAAAAACAAGCGUAAGUGUUCGAAAUGAGGUUGAUUCUUUGAGUCGACAUAGCAGCUUUAUAGAGAUGAUUGGUUGGUUUAUUCUGACACACCCAGCACAUGAAAGUAUUGUAUCCCCGUUUUUUUUUUUUUUUUUUUUUUUUUUUUCUGGCAGUGCGGCAGUGCGAACCCAAAACUGAAGAUCUUGCGUCAAUCAAACGGACAUUCGUACUAGUCAACGUACUUGACUUUUUGCAGUUUCCCCAAAACGUGCCAUUCAGGAUACGACUCAGUUACAACUAAAACUGGCCAAGGUCAUCACGAGUUUUUUACACGAGUUUCUCCGUAGGUUUAAGCUCCACUAUUGGUGGUUCAAUUCCUUUCAGGGUUUUUUCUUUGUCCUUAUAACAUGAUGAAUAUCCCCUUCUCUUAUUUCGGGAGUUUUGAUUGGUUAAACAGUGAAAGGUGCGUUGUGCCAUAUGGAUGCAAUGUUGCAGAAAUAGGAGAUUUUAAUGCUUCCGCGCGCAGUAAAUUUUAGGCAUGGGCACGAUGCAAUUUAGCCAUUACGCAUGAUAUUGCACGAAAUAUUCUACAGGCUCUGAAUUUGAAGUUUUCUGACACAAGUAAUUUUGUGUAUUGCUAGAUACUUUUCCAGUUUUCUGUGGGUAUUUUUUUGUUUGUUUGUAAAGGACUCUAAAGUUGUUUACAAUUUAGAUCAACUUAGGUUCCUGAAAAACGGCCCACCUACCCUUCCCUUAAGCUAACAUUAAGCCUUACUUCUCACUUAAGGCAAAAUGUUGGCUUAGGGGAGGGGUAUUUGGGCAGUUUCUCAGAAGCCUCAAUUUUUUCUGUAUCUAUUGUCUUACAAACAGCUCAGUUCAGAGGGCGAGAAUAUCAAGACUACAACUAUGCGAUUUUUUCAGCUGUUGCUUAAGGUGGCCAAUCAUGCAGCGUUAUUGGCGCCCACGGUCAGACAAACACUAGACCAGCAGGAAAAGGUAGGGCGGCGCCGGCGAACACUCAGCGGUAAAAAUGAUGAAUACAGUCGAACCUCCACUAACCGCCACCUCUCCACAACGGCCACUUUUUUUGGUGGACAGUCCAUACAUUGACUCUUGUUUCAACGUCUCUACAAUGGUUACUUUCUUCUGUCCCCAAGGUGGCCGUUGUAGAGAUGUUCAACUGUAUUAGAGAGCUUUAGAUUCGAGGACGAGGACGACUAGGAGUACGACAUUUUCUCAAUACUGAGUAUUGCUCACGCGUGAACCAGCGUCAUAUUGGCGGGAAAAUGUGAUAGCCGUCGUCAUUCUGCUACGAGUUUUAGCGAGAAUGUCGUAGUGGCGGGAACAAGUUAUCAAAUGUGAGAAGUUUUUUCAUUUUGCUAUAGGGAGAGGGCGUAAUAAAUCUCGUACUCGUUCUCCUCCUCAAAUCUAAAGCUCUCUAAUAAAGCAGGCAGGGCUGUAUCAAAACAACCUCAACUCCAAGCUGUUUUCACCAGUAACUGUAAAAUGGGCUAUUGGUAUUGAGUUUCAAGGGAGUGGGCACUCGAAAGGCAACUGUAAAUUGAAACUACAGUUUGUUUUCAAUUACUGACCUUUGCGCGCCGGAAUUCAUAAAUUUGGUUCUAUGAACUUAGUUGACAAGGGACUUUCCGUGCAAUCUCAGAGAGCUUCGCAAGAAGACAGUUUGAGCGUCAGUACGAAACGAAUCUAAGAUUCAGUUUUAAUGUAGGGAUAGCGCGCAAAACUUCAACUUCUGAAUCACUAUAGCAGAGCUUGAAAAAAACUUCAAUCAAGGGAAUCUGCGCACCUAUCCCUCCCAUAUUAAAUCCAACAUUUGCCUUAAGUGAGAAGUAAAUGUUAAUGUUGGCUUAGGGAAGGGGUAGGUGGGCAGUUUCCCAGAAACGGGACCAUUGCUUUCUUAUCCUAGUUAAUGAUAUAGGUAGAAGAUGACCCGCCUGGACCCAUGCCAAUUGGACAUGUGAGCUUUAAAAGUUACUCGCCCAGGAAGAAAAUGUACUAGUCCUGGAUGACUGGACGGGACUUUUUGCGAGCCCUGUUUAGGGUGGUUGUUCUGUCACGCGUUUCUUUUCUCAUGUCACGCUUUCUUUGUUAUGUAACAUAGCUUAGACGUGUUUCGUCAUAGGUUCACGUGAUAGCUAACUUUGUUUGCUUUUCUGCCUUUUUGUUAUAUUGUGCUCGCCGGUGAAAACGCUUUCUCGUUGCACGUUAAAGUUUUUCUUUCAUUAAAACUGGUUGCCCUUCUGAAGAAGGACCUACGGCUCAUGAUUUUCCCCGGAAAAUGGAUCAAGGUUGAGGGAUUAGAAUAGUGGUCAAUUUACCUUAUCAAUAACCAUGACCCUAUUAAUGUAAUCCUUUUGCCAAAUCUGCUUUUUUGCGCUGAUUUUCUACCCUCUCUAAAUUCAGCACUCUGUUAUCCACGCUAUUAUGCAAGUACAUGGAGAUCCCCUCUUUUUGUUUUCAGGCCAAAGAACUUUGUUUGCGCGUCUUUGCCAGGUAUACAGAGUUUUCAGGUUGUACAGAACUCUCUUCAUUUGAACUCAUGUCUGACCCGAAGUAUUGCGGCAAAAUGAAAGUGCUGGAUAAACUGUUGGGAAUAUUUAGAACCGAACACAGCAAAGUUUUACUGUUUUCACGGUCUACGCAGGUGAGAAUUGUACUUACAGCUGUAAAAUAUACAGUCAUGGAGACCUUAGGUUAAUAAAGUGCAAUGCCGGUUAUGAAGCUCGCCUUUGUUUUGUUAGCUUUUUUGAGCUUGACCAUGCACACAGUCCAAUAGCAAAAACGAGCAAGGACGGAAAAUUGUAGGCCAUGUUCACUGUUUCGUACAAGAUUCCAAAGAUUCCUCAACGUCCCGUUCUGGAAAAGGCUAGAAAAGCCUUGGGGACAAAGAUUCCGCAAAGAUUCGAUUCGUUAUCGAUUAUACCUCUUUGAAAUUGAAGAAAACUUAGUAGACUUGCAUUUUGUCAAGUUCCUGACCAUACACUUUAAAAUCAAUUUAUCAGAUGACACGCUGUCAUUUAAUACAAUAUAUGUUUCUUUCCAGCUUCUUGACAUCUUAGAGGAGUUUGUGAUCAGUAAAGGAAUGGUGUACAGUCGUUUGGACGGAUCGACCAAGGCUGCUGACAGAACUCGUCUGGUGAGAGAAUUCAAUCUCGAUCCCAGCAUUUCCCUGUGUUUAGUAUCGACUAAGGCAGGAGGACUGGGGCUUAACUUCACUGGAGCAAAUGUUGUGAUCAUAUUUGACCCAAACUGGAAUCCCUCCAGUGAUUUACAAGCGCAGGACAGGUUAGUAAAAGGGACGAACACGCAUGGCUUACUAACACUGAGCCUGCGUAGUUGGCCGGCAUGAUAGACAUGAUAGACAUUAGGAAGCUUAAGCAAAGACAUUGUUGGAUUUCGUAUUUGAAAUAAAUAGCGAAAUCCAAAAACGGCCGGGUUUUAACGCCGAAAAAUCCGUCCUUUGAUUUCUGGCUUUCUUUCCUUUUUUGGGGGGGGAAAUCCAGAAAAAGAUUCGAAAACUGUUCUCAGGAACAGCGGUUUUGCACGCGCGCAAAGAAAAAAGCCACUGUUUAUGAGAACAGUUUUGCAAAUCUUUUUAAGGAUUUCCCCAUAAAACUGUUAAGAAGGAAAUCCAUGAAAUCCGAUUUGACUUGUUUGAGUGAAAUGCACCUUAUGUUAGCUUGAGGACAGAUUUUUCGCCCUUGAAAUACGUUUUUGGAUUUUGUGUUUGGUUGUCUGGUAAAACCCGAAAUCCGGGUUCAAAAUCUGAAUCAAUCCAGUCCAGAUUUCGCAAUCAAACGCACCCAUAGUUGAUUUUACGACGUAUAGGUAACUUUGUCAGUCGUUUUACUUUUAAUAUUUUAUUUUUAAUCUUUUUUUGUUCUUUUUUUACAUUGCAGGGCAUACCGCAUUGGUCAAAGGCGAGAUGUUCGAGUAUAUCGCUUGAUAUCGUCCGGAACAAUUGAGGAAAUGAUUUACCUAAGACAAGUGUAUAAGCAGGUAAAAUCCUGGUGCUUCUACUAAACAAUAUAUUCUAAGCGGUGUUUUAUGGGGCGUCGAUAAAACCCGGAACAUGGAACAUUCCGGAACAUUCCGGAACAUGAAAAAAUUCAAAUUUUUUUUAUGAAAAAAUAAUUAAUUAAUUAAAUAAUAAUAGUAAUAAUAAUAAUAAUAAUAACAAUAAUAAAUAAUAAAAAGAACAAUAGAUAGAAAACAAUUUUUGCAAAAAUUUAUAAUAACAAAAUAAAUAACAUGACAUAACAUAAAAACGAAAAAUAAAGAAACAAACAAACAAAGAAAGAAAAAGAAACUGGUAUCAUCUCCGAGUAUGAAAAACAAUAUUUUGUCGCAAUGAAUUUUUUGGGCGAGUGAGGGUCCAUUCAAAUGACAGUAAUGAGUGAAGGCUUGCUUCUAAAUUCAAAAUAUAUUAAAAUGGGUCGCGGGGAGGGGGUUUUCAAGCUUUCCUCACACAGCCACCUCUUGUAAAUGUUUGCCAUGCAGUUUAACGGUUAUCCAUUUACGGCUUUGCGACCGUAAGAAGAGCUUAGGGGCUCGUCGCUUUGGACUUGGAUAAUUAAAUUAAAGAUUCACGUUGGAGUGGCAGUGGUAGCGCAGCGGUAGUUUCUAACUGUUAUCAGUUAGCCUGAAUUUUAGCCGUCUCCCCGCAAACUCCUCUUGCGACUUGACGAGACGUCUGAAAUAUCAUGCUGACUGUAAACAGUAUAGAAACUACUACGAAUGUGAGUAUUGUCCACUAAAAUCCAAAGACAGGAGCCCCUAUACUCUUCUUAAGUUCACAGAGCCGCCUAGUCUGUAAGUAAUUCAUGUCAACCUCAAGUGAAGCAAAGCACCCCAAGUAAGCAAAUGUCGGUUAAUAUAUAUAAGGAGACCAUAUGUCCGCUUGAAAUGAGCUACUCACCGACUUGGAUUGACAUGAAAUACUGCACCGACAUUUCAUACCAUUGCAGAACCGUAAAUGGUUAACCGCCAAAUGAUUAACUUAUGGCAAACAAUUACAAGAGGUGGCUGUGUGAGGAAAGCUUGAAAACCCCCCUCCUCUCGACCCAUUUUAAUAUAUUUUGAAUUUAGAAGCAAGCCUCCACUCAUUACUGUCAUUUCCAUGAACUCUCACUCGUCCAACAAAUUUUAAUUUGUUACGACAAAAUAUUGUUUUCUCAUACUCAGAGAGGAUACCAGUUUCUUUUUCUUGAUUAUUUCAUUAUUUUUCGUUUUUUUUGUUAUUUUAGGUUAUUAUUAAUUUUUACAAAAAUUAUUUUAUUAUUAUUAUUUUAUUAUUUUUUUUUCAUGAGAAUUAUUUUUAUUUUUUCAUGUUCCGGGAUGUUCCGGAAUGUUCCGGUAUGUUCCAGAAUGUUCCGGAAUGUUCCGUGUUCCGGGUUUUAUCGACGGCCUGUUUUAUGGGGACAACCGCGAUUGUGACGACCAUGAGUAUGAGCAAGUUCAUAAGAUGAAAUUUUCUCGUUUAAUUGCGAAAAAUUGAUAAGAUUUCGUCCACUAGGAACAGGGUUCAUACGCUUCUUGAAAACUCUUAAAUUAUAGAGUCCUUUUUCAAGGCCCUGAUAGUCCUUGAAAUCUCCUUCAUUUAUUUUAGCAACGACGACGGCGACGGCUACAAAAACGUCACUUAAAAAGUCAAUUCGCGCUGCCUCAAACUUUAUCGCGCUUAUUCCAUCACGUCUUAUCGGCAAAUUUAUUUGGAGUUGCAAUUGAAUUCUAAAGUAUUGUAUCAAAGUUCAGGAAAAGUUCCCGUCCUCGAGAGAACGUGAAAUUAGGCACUUUCACGUUGUAGUCGUGCAAAGACGGUUAAGAAGUGUACAAAAAAAGCGCGAUGCACGUGCAAAGUUGUUGUUUUGCCAAUCUAAACCUAGUGCAUUUUUGCCGUUCUCGUUGCCUUCUCUGUCGUCGUUGCUUAAGCUCCGUAAUAAGUUCAUGAGGGACCAGACACUCCUUGUGGUCAAACUCUUUAGUAUGAGACACCUGGCUAAGGGCUCGAGAGAAGUCUCGUCCGUUAGUCCUGGAAAAGUAGACUUUUCUUGCUCACCUGCCCAAUGGACAACGUUCCAAGCAAGUCAUCCUCUAACAAAAUCAUUAACUACGGGCUUGUUUACAUGGAGUGGGGGACCCCGGUCUAGUGGGGUUGGUUUCUUUUGUUUUCACGCUCUGGAGGACACAAAACAAAAGAAACCUACCCCACUAGACCGGGGUCCCCCACUCCAUGUAAACAGGGUCUAAGGCGAGCAAGAAGUGACCCCAAGCUGGAAUUCAAUUUUUUUUUCCGAGCCUUGCUGGCGUAAACAAAUUGUUUGUUUUAUUGUUGUUUUUUAUAGCAACUGGCCAACAUCGCCAUAAAGGGGACAAACGAGAGAAGAUAUUUCACUGGAGUGGAAGGCGAUAAGGACAGGCAUGGCGAGCUCUUUGGGUUGGAAAAUUUGUUUUCGUACCGUGCUGAAGGAGCUAGCUUGUCCAAAGACAUUGUCAAAAGAACAGAGAAGCUGGAGGCGGGAUUUAAAGUCACUAACUAUGAAAUAGUACCUGAGAAGAAAUCAGAGAAAGACUCGGAGGACGAGGUUGGAAAUGAAAGUUUUUUAUAUGCCAUUAUUUGCUUGCGAUGAAAAUUUAUUCAGUAACGGACAAGAUAGCAUGCCUUACAUGACAUCAAUGGAGAUUGCUAAAAAGUCACUAAUCCAAAUGACAAUUUUGAGAACGAACUACAAUCAUGGACAAAAGGCUUGGGACACUUGCAUUUCUGAGGCGUUUUCCAAUUCACACAGGUCCAGCUCCUCCCCUCACGCCACAAACAAUGUUGGACACGUGUAUCCAGAAUUUUUUCCGAGUUUCAACUUUGUAUAGGGUGGAGGGAGGGAGAACUGCUAGAAAAUUUCGAAAAGGAUGCACUGUUUCAAGAGCGAACCGAGAAAUGACAGAAAAAGAUGGAUAUUGCAGUACUGUCCCAAGGACUUUUGUCCAGGAUUGUAGUUUUGAAAAUAUUAAUAUAGCUAGAUACAGUUAACCAAAACGUUCUGAAAAGUGAAAUGGCAGCGAUGCUGAAAAAGGCAGAACGGCUGUGAAAAACAAUAAAAAAAGGAAUAUCAAUUCAGAGGAGAAAAUGGAAUUUAAACCAAGUGGUACAAAAUGUUUAAUACGUUGGGCCCCGAGUGCCCAUUGCUAUUUCAGCGGGAGGUCCGGUUGGCCAAUUCCCAGAAUAAGCCCUGCUCAAAGUUUGGAAGUAGUGUUGGUGCUUUUCAAUGCGCUCAAUUGCCACUGAAAAUGAUACUGAAGAAGAAAUUGUGAUUAAUACUGCUCAUAGAUAUGCGGCAUUUCCACAAGAAACAAUUCUCAGAAGACAAAUCAUGACAAUUGGAAAGCGCUCCGACAUGGUUGCCAAAUACCUAUUUUUAAGAUAUACUUCAAGGAAGCAACUAAACGCCGAUUUAACACUUCCACAGAUGCCCGACAAUCCCGCAAAUCCGGAUGAGGACGAAGACCCGUACAACUUGGAAGAAUUUGCUUCGCAGUUAAUCGAAGAUGAACAUCAAGGCGAUCCAACGAGUUCUGAUCCCUCUGAAAACGUCAGUGUCAGUAAAGAGCAAGAAGCAGAUUUAAACAAUGAUGCGGCUAAUAAGUCAAACAUAAAAAGCGUUACUCACUACGAGAAAUUACAUUCUCUUCAAAGUGAGGAACCUUAUUUGAGCGAUUUUGAAGAUCUCAUGAGGGCUGAUAUGACUGGUUCAAACCCCUGCGAUAAAAGUGCUAUGGAAUCGACGAAGGGUUCUGCUGCCAUAAACCAAAUGAGCACUGAGGAUUUUUCUAGCUGUGAAGAUAACGGUAAUGAAUCAGAGGAUCUCUUAAGUAGCUUCACUAGAAUUAAGAACAAAGCUGGUAGUAUGGAUCAUUGCAGUAGAACUGCCACAGAAAGCUGCGAAAUGAUUCCGCCCACAGCAAGUUUAAAAUGUGGACUAGAUUUGAAUACAGCUAACGACCUUUACCCGCCAGAAGGCGAGGAGUUAUCCAGGAGUAGUGAAGAGCAAAUUGAGUCAUUAAGCGAUGAGGACUCUGACGAGGGUCUUUUCACAAGAUCAAAAGAAAAACGCGGAAAACCCAAAAUGGUGUGCGCCCGGCCUAGCAAUCGCUUGAGAGAGGGCCGUAAACGGUUUCGAAGGUGAGGUGACGUGUACUUAUGGAACAAUUAUAGUCUAAGUAUUUAUUCAACCAGUCAGUCCGAGUUUGCAAUUUAUAUGAUUGCUGUUUAGCUAUUUCUGCAUACUGAUAAUGCUACGCUGAACAUUGAAAAGAUCUGUUUCAGCCCCAAAGUGUCAAUUCAGCCUUGCAGGCUUAAGUCUGAUUCAGCUCUUCCUGGAGCCAUUUGAGCACAAUUUAGGCCAAAAAAGCUCUAUCAAAAGGCUAUUCCAGCCCACGGUAGGGCUCAUUUCAGCCCUGGGACCAAAUCAGCCCUAGCUAAUAGGACUGUAUUGGCCCUGAUUUAAGGGAGCCAAAUUAGACUCAAAAAUAAGACUGUAUUUUACUCAUCGAAAUGGCCCUAUUUUUAGGGCUAAAACAGAUCUUUUUUAUUUAGAGUGUAUACAAGUUUUCGUCUUUGAAUUUGAAACAAACCCUAAUGCUAUACCAUUCAAAUGAAAAAGGUUCUGGGACCAGUUGUUCGAAGGUCGAUUAGCGCUAACCUGGGUUGAAUUUUAAUCCGAGUUUCUUUUUCUUUUGUUCAAAAGCAUUUUGUGGGAUAAUUUUCUUUAUUUAGAAAAACAAAUUUGUGUGAAGCAUGAAUUUGCUUUUUAAGCUUUUAUAUGUAAAUUCAAAACUCGAACUAUCCCUGGGUUAACAUAACCCAGCUUUGAACAACCCGGCCCUGUUUAUCAUGCUGUAUCAAGAUGGUUAACUUCUUAUUUGGUGGAAGUUUGUAAGUAUUCCUGUCCAAAUGAAGACUGCUAUUAAAUAGGGGAGGAAAAGACGGAUUUAUUAGUUUCACUUGCCUUUCACUGUUUGAGUAGAUUUCCUGGAAAGAAGACUCCGAUUGAUGACGUUAAUAGCAAGGAAAUUGAUGUAAAACGAUCAAGAAAAGAAGAUUCAGUUGAGCAGAUUUUGGGUACGUCAUACAGGAUAAACAUUCCAUGUAGUGUCACGUAGUUUUAGUUGUUUAAUUUUUUGUUUGUAUGUUUGUACCAAGUUUACACCCCCGUACAAAAUUGGUUCUUAUUACGAAAUUUCACUCCUACGGAAUAAACAUCUAGGUUGAUUUAUAUGACUUGGAACCAUUUCUUACUCUGUAAGGCUGGUUCGAAUGAUAUUUCAUGUUUUCUUACUUUCUUGCAAAGCCAUGCCAUGAAAAAACCGCUGGCUCUUCCCUAUUCCUUCAGCCGAUAUGGCUCCGCUGGUAAGGAGGCCUAAAUUCCCUUACCACAAACUGUUUUUAGAAUAUUCCACAAAAUACAACCCCACUUAAUGUUUUUUGGUCUCCGUUUGCAGCUCUUCAAGGUAGUCGAUUCACCCCCUCUUUUAAUUUUGUUCUUAUUGCUUUUAUCUUGGUCACUUAAGUUACUCAACAAGCUUUUAAGGCUUUUUUCUUUGCAUCUGUAGAGUCGUGUGGAGUUCGUUACACCCACGCCAAUAAGAACAUUGUUGGACCGAGCGAGGCAGAAAAUCACAUGACCAAACAGGCGCUGCAGGAUGUGUUUGAACUGAGGCAGUUUUCCCAACAACCUGCUAAUUGCUUUCCAGCCCUGGAGGUAAUAUGCCCUAGAAUCAUUAUGUAACGUUAUAGAAGUUUGUCAUCACUUCUUAAGUCUGGACAGUCACCCUCCAUCACACAAAUGAAAACUGUUUUACUAAUUGUUUUUUGUCUCAGACAAGUGACGAAAGCGAUGACCUUGGAGAGAGUCCUCGGAAGGAAAAACAGGAUGCACAAAAGCCUACUGAAAAACCGGAAGCUGGGACAAGUAGUUCAUAUUCACCGCCAUCAAAUCGGUAAGACACCCACUACUUGCCUAACACUGAAGUCGAAGUUAAACGUGCGUGUCGUUAAAUGCUAACGUUAUGCCCUAAACAAAAGCACUCAAGAAAUUUAGAGGUUGCUACUGUUUUACCGACAAAGUGGGAAAACGUAGUUGAUUUUAGCCACGACAGUAUCAUGCCAUAACGCGUUUGAUAUCGCGCGCAUCUUCAAAAGUGUGCCCUACAAUCCUGCAAACUUCGAAGAAGAAUCAGAUUUUCACUCCUGAGAAUUAGUUAUUGUGGCUGAUAAAUCGCGCGUUAACCUUCUGUAACGUCACUUGUAUCGUGUAGACUUUGCAUAAACAAUGUUCUUGUGUAAUGUGUGGUGUGACAUAUUCGGUGUGGCUUGCUCAUUCCAAAUCGUUAGAACCUCCUGAGAUUAACAUGGAUAUGGAAUAAUUGUAUUACUCUGGCGGUAAUAACUUUUUUGUGUGUUUUUGUUGUUGUUGUUGUUGUUGUUGUUUGGAUAAGAAAACUAUUUUUAACAAAUAGUUCUCAUUUUUUCUAAGUAUCCGAAAACGCAAGUCAAAAUAAAAUCAGAUUGUUACCAAUCACUCACCGAUGCGUAGGUUUUUUUUUUAAUUAUUUAUUUUGAUUUUUUUAUCAUUAUUAUAUUUAAUAUUAUUAUUUUUAGGUCACUAAUAAUUGACCAGGGCGCCAAAGUGGAAAGGAUUGGUAACAACACUGUUUUUGUUGGAUCUACUCCCCGAGGAAUUCGUCGACAACAUUUUCGGGAGAUGUCGGAUAAAUUCGGUUUUUCUUCGCAAGCUGAUUUUGCCAAAGCUGUCGUAAGAAGCAACGACAAAGAAAGGUGGGAGAUGCUGAAACGUUAUUAUGUAACCAGUAAUCCGGUUUUGUCUGGUCUGUCUAACUUUACAGCUUGUGAGGUGAAGUCUGAGGGCCGUAAGGAGAGCGAAAGUUUAAAGCGCGCUCAGCGGUCUUUGAAGAGAACGCAGGAAAACAGAAGCCAUGAAAUGUCCAAAAACGCCAAAAGGAAACCACAAAACAGUAGAGCGAAGAAAGGGAUCCUUGGGAAAAAUAUGGUAUGUGAAAAAACUCGUGAUAGACUUGAGAAUCAAGAGCAAGAAAUCUUAGAUUGUCCUCCGCGUAAAACAGCUAAAUCGUCCACUGUUUCUGAGGUUAGUCAUGCUGUCAAGUUGAAGAAAAGUGCGGGUUUGAUUGAAUCUAGAGAUACCUUCAAGGGUCCCACCCAUAAUGGGGAAGAAAGCGUUAAUUCUACCAACUGUGGGUCUAAACUGAAGGAGCAUGCCUUUAAUCAGAGAAAUCAAUCGCCUCAAGAACACAGAAAAUACAAUUCGAAAGAGUCGCAAUCGAAUGCAGACACCGAAGCAAACAUUCAGGAAUCGUCUUUUGCUAGUACCUCAUGUGCUUCAGUUUCAAUUCUCGAUGUAUUUUUAUCUAAUGGUUCUGAUGUCGGCGAAAGAAAACACACAUCUGCGAAUAACAGAGUCUGCCAAGUGAAAAGUUGUAGCGAUAAAAAGCAAGAUGGUUACUGCGACAAAAGAAACGAAAAAGAAGCUUUCAAGUUAAAGAAGAAACCCACCUCUAUUUUAGAUGACUUUAUUUAGCUUCAUUGUUUCAGAUGAUAAAUUAUGACAGACCAGCGUUUGUCCAUUUGAGAAUAGAAUAUUAAAGAAUUUUAGUUUUUAAGAGACCACUAAUUAUAUUGCGACUUUUAAAACGUUAAAAAGAAACUAGGCU